UCCGGAUUGACACAAAUUCGAUAGACUCUCGGUCGUUGCUGUUGUUUUUGCUAGGAUUACAGUCUUAACAGGCUUCUAAUAACAGUUAAAAAUAUUGUAUAGUUUCAGAAUCACGAUCGUACACAUCAGACAAAGUGUCUCGCAAGAAAAAUACAAAAGGGAUAAUUUACAUCAAAUUCCAACAUUAAGCAUCUAAAUUUCACUUCUUGGAGGCCGCUGUGUACAUUCUAGAUAUUUAUCUUAUUCGACCAUGUGAUGAGACACUGGCAUCCGUGUUGAAUAACUGGACUUACCUGCACGCAUUUUCUAAAUGGAAUAUAAUUUUUUGGUGUAAAAUAAUUUCAUUUAAACGUUUUCUUCGUCAAACAUUCCAGUAUUGACUAUAAUUUCUACAAUGAUAUAAACCGUGAAGAUGUUUCAAUGAUAAGUACACGGAUGAAGUGAUGAAUCUAUAUCGAUUUAUAUUGAACUGUGUCGUCCUACUUUUCUGGAUGCAUCGGAAGGUGACGGGUCAAAGUUCAAGAGAUGCUUGGAAUCGGUUAAGCGGUGGAAGUCCCUUUGAACCAGAGGAGCGCAAUUCUAUCUCAUUCCACGACGGAACCCGUCCUUUUCCCUCAAAUCAACUUCCCAUAAUAGACUUGGAAGAAAAUCCAAAUCCGUUAUAUGAUCCGAAGGAGGGUGAUCUGGAUUACAGGCGCUUGCGCCGCCUAUUAGGAAGAGAUUUUGAUCGUGAUUACAUGUCAACAGUGAGACCAUUAGAACAUGUGUUACACAGAAAUGGAACUUUGGAUUUUAAAAUUCGAAAAGGACGUCCGAAAGGCAGAAGGCCGUAUUUUAUAAAAUACUUUGGACGACCAGUUUAUACGGGUAAAAAUCAAAAAAGAAUCAGACUAAAACUUAAACGUGAGGAUAGAAAAAAAGUGCAAAAAUAUCUAUGGAGUUAUACUCAUUGUCCAGUGUUCCAUACGUGGAAGGAUCUUGGAAUCAGGUUUUGGCCCCGCUGGAUUCGGGAGGGACAAUGUUAUAGGGGGAGGUCAUGCUCCAUACCCCCUGGAAUGUACUGUCAACAGAGCCGCUCAACGCGAAUCACAUUACUGCGGUGGUACUGUAGGGGGCCGGAGGUCGGAACAAACUGCUCCUGGAUAAAAGUGCAGUAUCCUAUAUUGACAGAAUGUGCGUGCUCGUGCUCAUAGCGAUAUUGAACGAAUACAAAUAAAAAGUCUUCAAGUGUUAAUUCCUAAAAAUAGGGAUUUGAAUUUGAAACAUGUACCAGCUGGGUUUGAUAUAGAAGGAUCUUAAAAACCGAAUGCAAACAGCGGAACAAUGAGUUAAAUUCAUCCUCAAAUACUUCCUCGGCCAGUAUUUUCAUUUACAGAGACACCAAGAAAGAGUAUUGACUUUCUUGUCUUUAAUUGCUAUUCUGGGUGUUACGAGAAGUUAUAUCAGAAUACGCUCACGCCGUGAUACUAUAAAAUACGUCAAAGAAGUUUAAUAUACACAAUUUAAAUUUCACAUAUACAUUCUGUUUUUAGAAACAAAAGGUACUUUAUGUUCAAUUAAAUAAACCGUGCCACUCUGUCGACUUAAUCUUCGUCGCCACUUUUCAUCUAUUCAAUAAUCUGAGAUGUCGAGGAGUUGAGACCGAGAAACUCUACAUGGAAAUUUUUAAAAACGCGAUCCAAUUUGAUUAACGAUAUCUGGUGCCGGGAAGUUUGAAGAACUGUCAAACAACCCAAGGAAUUGUAAUAGUGAAUAGGCAAUCUCUGUGAGAUAAUUUUCCUUAUAUCAGCUCAAUGUGUGAAGAACCGGAGUUCAAAGCGUCGCCUUGUGACCAAGAUCUGUCUAUUCGCUCAUCAAGCCCCUACUCCGGGUUGAUAAAAUGCCAUAUUUAAAACCUUGUAAUGGAAAUACGUUGAUUAAGGAAGGUACAUUGAAGAAAUAUUUGGAUCUAAGCAGACGCCGCGACGACAUAGCGGAAUUAGGAGGCUUAUAUUGGUGUUAAAACUCACUAGCCUUGCUCUCCAGAGACCUCAUCUAGACGGGCUUUCGUUUGUUUAUGGAAUAAACAAUAUCUCAUUUAUUUAUCCGCUGAAUACGAUCAUUAUCGUUAAUGAUUGUUCUUCAGAUGCGCGUCUUAGAACAGUAGACUGGAUGCUUCGGUUGUUGAUACAGGAUAACGCGACUGAACCACGAUCAGGUACGACAACCUGUUAGAUUCUGAGUGUUUUCGCUCUCUCUUGCUCCUUGGCAGAAAUACCUAGACUUUCGGGCUACACGGGAGUGAUCUUAUCCCUCAUUUCUAAUGAGUGAUUUGGUUUCCGGCAAACCGAGUAUACUGUCUUAAUACCAAAGAACAUACACAAAUGAUAUUAUAUGUACUUUGUAAACCUAUGUCCGUUUUCUCAGUGCAAUUGGUGUUGUUUAUUGUUGACGACAAUUGUACGAAUUCAUAAUUUGUCUUAAGACUAUGUACAUAUGUGAUGGUCCUAUGAAUCAUAUGGCCAGGAUAUUUAUUAAGAAAAAAUAAAAAUGUUAAUUUA